AUGGGCCCCGCGCACGCCCUGCUCUGCCCUAAGUCGCGCCGCUCCGUGCAGCCUGCGCGGCCCGCGCGUCGCCCCUGCCGGCCCUCGCGCCGCUUGCUACCAGCCCGCGCGACCCGCCCGCUGCCCGCGCAGCCUGCGCGCAGCUCCUGUCGGCCCGCGCACCGCCCACUAGCAGCCUGCGUGCCCCACCUGCACCCCGCACGCUGCCUCGCCGGCCGCCCGCUGCCCCUUGCGCCGCCUGCUCAUGCCGCGGCUGCCUGCUACGCCCCGCGCGCCGCCCGCCGCACUGCCCCGCAGCCCCGUGCGCUGCCCGCCCUGUUGCCCUGCCGGCCGCUCGUAGCCCUGCGCACCGCCUGCCUCUGCCGCGGCUGCCCGCUACGCCCCGCGCGCCACCUAUCGCGCUGCCCUGCUGCGCCCGUGCGCCGCCCGCCCUACUGCUGCGGUCGCCCGCUUCGCUCUGCCUGCGACCCACCCUGUUGCCCUGCCGGCCGCCUGUUGCCGCGCGCGCCGCCUUUCCCUGCCGCGGCUGCCUGCUACGUCCCGUGCGCCGACCGCCCUGCUGCUUUGUCGGCCGCCUGCUGCCCCGCGCGCCGCCUGCCACUGCUUUGGCGGCACGCUAGGCCCCGCGCACCGCCUCUGCGCCUGCCCCUCCUGCGGCCGCCCACUUCAGCCCAGCGCGCCGCCUCUGCUGCUGCUGCUUGCCUGCAAUCGCUCUGCCCUGCCAAUCCUGCGCUAGCAGCUAUGGCCACCCUCCGUGUUCUGUCGUUCGACACGGAGGGCCGCCCGAUUCAGUUCGAGACCUGGCUCGAUGACCUGCAGCUGUUCCUGAUGAGCGAUAGCAAAGACAAUGUCUCGCUCUUUGACCACACGUCUGGUGCCUCAGUCGCUCCUGCUGCCACAGCUGAGCUUAGCGCCCGUUCCCAGUGGCAGACUCGUGACGCUGCUGCUCGCCUAGCCGUUUGCAACCACCUGUCGUUAGCCGAACUCACGCAAUUUGGCGAACAUAAAACCGCUAAGGCCCUGUACGACGCUGUAGUUGCUCGAUACUCCUCCCCUGCCACUGCUGAGCUUAGCCGCCUCAUGCUACCCCACCUGUUUCCUGAGCUGUCCACCUUUGCCACAGUUGCCGAUCUCAUCACCCACCUUCGCACUAGUGACACUCGCCUUUGCGCCACCCUCCCCAAAGAGUUCUGUGCUAAGAACCCGCCUCCGAUGUACUGGACCCUCCACUUCAUAGUCACCCGUCUCCCUGACUCCCUUCGCUCGGUCAGGGACCACUUUCUCGCUCGCUGUCCCACCGAGCUCACUGUCGACCUCCUAGAGGAGCACCUCCUUGCAGCCGAGAAGAGCAUUGUCGCUGUAGGUGCUGCUCGUGGCGCUCCUCGCACCCCCAUCUUUGAGGGGUGCUCUCCCUCUCCCCUUGCCCCCUCCUAUGCUACUGCUGCUGCUGUUGACUUCCUUGGUGCUGAGUAUGUUGGUGCUGCUUCUGCUCCUAGUGGGAGGCGCCGCAACGGCAAGGGCAAGGGAGCCAAGAGUAGCGGAGGAGGCACCGGAGGUGAUGGUGGAGGAGGUGGAGGAGGAGGAGAUGGCGGAGGGACUGGUGGCGGGAGUGCUGGCGGGAGUGGUAGCGUCGGUAGCGGCGGUAGAGGCAGUGGCGGCGGAGAGGGUGGCGGCGGCGGUGGUGGCGGUGGUGGCGGCGGCGGUGGCGGCUGGGGCGGUGGUGACAGCGGCGGUGGCGGUCGGGGACUAUGUUAG